CUUUGAGUUAGGCCUCUAUUGCUUCAAGUCUGGGCCUAUUUCUUCCUCUUUCUGAGCAGUGACCAAAACGAAAUAGUAUAAAGUCAUAAACCACUCGAGCUUCAGCAUUACGACAAUGGCUGAAAAAGAAUCUGAGUACGACAGUACUUCGGACUCGAACCUAGUCUCCGAUCAGUCGACGCACCCUAGCACCACCGCCACCGCCGCCGCUGGUGGUUUUGAAAUCACCUGCUUUAGCGAGCUCGUCGAUGACGCUACCUUCUACUUCCAAAUCAUUCGUUUCCCUAAACAGAUAUAUGCAUGGAUCGGUUGCAACUCUACGAAAUUCGGUGACUUGUACGCAGCUGCAUCGACACGACCUGGAAGAUUAUAACCUUCAAAUUUAGGGAUUAAUAAUUGAUAAUGAAUAGUGAUUAAGCAGUCAAUGUUUUGAUGGGGGAAACAGAACAAUAUGGUCGGUGUGACUUCCAUUCUUGGAGGUUCUUCAGAUAACACUGGGUCUGGAAUCGCUAGGCGAUUAGUGUUAAAAACUGGUCUUAACAUAAUUAUUGCUUGCAAUAUCCCAAAGAAUAGCCCCAUGCUUGAGGCAAAUGCUGAAAAGAAGCUGAUGGAAAAGUUAUUUAGUUUGGGAUACAAGCAGCCAAGAUAGUGAUUUGUGAGAAUUUUCUUUAAUGGAAAAACCUUCUAUCUUCAUCCCCGUGAACAUAACAGCAAGGUGUGUCUAACUGCACCACCACCUGGUGGUUCUUUCUCCGUAACUCCACUUUAUUGGUUUGCAAAGUAAACCUCCAAAUGACAAAAUGCCGGCUAUGAUUCCCUAGUUGUUACUGAUUUGUGUUCUAUGAUCUAUGUCUGCUAUGUGCUUUGCUAGGGAAGAUCGGUUUUUGUAAAUUGUCACUAAAAACUCCAAAUCAUCCUCUUCAAUUCAAGCAGAGAGUGUAUCAUCCCUCUUUCUCUCUCUCAAGUACUCACUUUCUCUUCACUCCUCGUGUGGGCUUUGCUUUUGUUAAUGAAUUUUGCUUCUGGUUCUCGAAUUCCUCUUGUUUUACUUGGUUUAUGCUUGUAGAUCUGUUUUUGAUUUCGGGUUUUUCAUUUUGUAUGCUAGGGUUAUGGUUAUGUUCUUUUUAAUCUUUCUUGUAGUUCAUAUAAAUUAAAUCUUAACUUGUGUCUAAUUUGUUGGGUUUAGUGCAACGAGAGUUUUGUAAUUUAAGGUUGCAGAUCGGAAUUCUGGUGAAUUAAUUUCUAUAUCACAU